GACGAGACUUGUCUGAAUCAUCGCUUCCACUUUCUCACUCCGCCUGGGCUCUCUCUCUCUAACAUGAUCAUCGAGCGCGAAACAAUGCGGAGUAAAAAGAGUAAAAAACAGAGAUGCUUGCUCUCUUCCUCUCUUCUUCUUCUUCAUAUCCCACUCUCACUUUCCUCGCCAGAUCUGUAGCCAGACGAGCAACACUCUCGUCUCUGACAAUGUCGACGAACCUAAGAAGAACCACCACCACACACGCGUACGCAGGCAACCCCUUGAAAUCCAAAACCCCAAAAUCCACCGACUCCUUCUCUCCUUCCUCCGCUUUCGACUCCCUCAAAUCCCUAAUCCCGCAGAUCCCCAAUCACCACACCGCCACGCCUCCUUCCCCCGACUUCAGAGUCCUCCCCUUCAGCAAAGGCCGCCCGCUGGUGUUCUCCACUGGCAGCGGCGGAGACGGAGAAGCUUCCGCGUCGCCGAUCUGGCAUCUGGGAUGGAUCAGCUUGGCUGAGUGCAAGGGUAUGCUUGCGAGCCGCGGGGUUGAUCUGGACGAGAACUCGCUCGUGUAUUUAGGACCCAAGGUGGAGGAAGAUUUGGUGUGUUGGGCGGUUGAUGUGUCUGAAGAAGAGGACGGCGUCGUUUUGGUGUUUGAAAGUAGGAAGCUUUGUUUCGUCGAGCUUCGGACUUUGAUGGUUGCUGCUGAUUGGGUGGAUCAGCGAGCUAUGGAUGAAUUGGCUAUCGCAGGACAUGCUAGGGCGUUGCUUGAGUGGCACAGAGUAUCAAGAUUCUGCGGAUCUUGUGGAGGUGCAAAUGUUCCAAAGGAAGCAGGGAGAAGAAAGCAAUGCUCAAACGAGGCUUGCGGAAAGCGGGUUUAUCCCCGGGUUGACCCGGUGGUUAUAAUGUUAGUUAUUGAUCGAGAGAAUGAUCGUGCGCUUUUGAGCAGACAGUCUAGAUAUGUACCCAGGAUGUGGAGUUGCUUAGCUGGAUUUAUUGAGCCAGGGGAAAGCUUAGAAGAGGCUGUGAGGCGAGAAACAUGGGAAGAGACAGGCAUUGAAGUAGGAGAUGUUGUCUAUCACAGCUCUCAGCCUUGGCCUGUGGGACCAAGUAGCAUGCCAUGCCAACUGAUGCUGGGGUUCUUCGCUUUCGCCAAGACUCUUGACAUUAACGUAGACAAGGAAGAGUUAGAAGAUGCUCAAUGGCACAGUAGAGAAGAUGUGAAGAAAGCACUGACGUUUGCAGAAUACAGGAAGGCCCAAAGAACAGCUGCUUCAAAGAUAGAGCAAAUCUGUAAAGGUGUGGAGAAAAGCCAGGGUCUAUCAACAGAUUUCAAUGUUGAAAGCGGUGAGCUGGCUCCUAUGUUCAUCCCGGGGCCAUUUGCAAUUGCUCACCACCUGAUCUCUACAUGGGUAGAUCAGGGUUCUGGCAAUGUUCACUCAAAACCGCAAGCCGUCUCUCGAGUUUGUAGCUAGAAUGUCACGACUUUAGUGCUUUAGAGAAAUCAAACAGAUUGUUAUAGCAGCUUUGAUGCUUAAUCUGAACUGCAGAGUUCAAUCUUUGCGUAGACUUGAAAAUUUAAGAUGUGUUUAUGGAGAGUUUAUUUUUUACUUAUAUAAAUAGAAGGCCUUUUAAUAA